AUGCAACGGCUGGCGGACCUUUUAAUCUUUGUGGGCCCCAGUGGGGGAGGAAAAUCGACGCUGAUUGCGCAUUUACUACAAACAUGGCCACAACAAUUUAGCUUCUGUACAAGUCACACAACACGCAAGCCGCGGAAGGACGAGGUUGAUGGAAAGCAUUACCACUUUGUGUCGAAGGAUGCAUUCAAACAUAUGAUUCAUCGUGGCGAGUUUGUGGAGUACAACAAGGUCUUUAGUUCGUGUGGGAGCAAAGACAAGGCGAACGCCAGCGGCUGCGGUGGUAUUAGAAACGGCGGCAUGUUGCUCGCAGAGGAUGACGCUGAUUACUAUGGUACCUCAAAGAGAGAGCUCCACGGCAUUCUUGCUGCGAAUAAAGUUGCGGUCCUGGACACGGACAUCACAGGAGCCAUCAACAUCAAAAAGUACUGCGUCAAUAUUGACAACGAUGGCAACAGUCAUCUGACAGCACCACUGCGGGUUCAAGUUGUACUGGUGAAGCUACCCAGUUUGGAUGUGCUUAAAGAGCGUCUGCGUCUGCGUGGCUCGGAAUCCGAGGCUUCGUUGCGGCGACGUCUUUGUGCGAGUGAGAAAUGGAUGAAGUGGUGUACGGCGCAUCCGGAGUUUUUUCACUGUCACCUUGUGAACCUAUCCCUGGACGUCUGCAAGUCGGAGCUGCGCUCGUUCGUGGGGAAGAACGUGUUGCAAAACGCCUGCAAGCUGUAG